CGAGAACACUGAACACUGUGUGUGAUAUUCUUCGAGUUGAACCAACAAAAAUCAGGAUAUCGAAAUCCUUAAUUUAGAAUAAAAUGAAUAAUUUAAUAUUCCUGACAUUGGCUUUAUUUUUGGUAGUUGUAGCUGCUCGACCACAAGAAGUCAUACCAAUUCUAAGGCAAGAGCAAGAAGUAAAUUUUGAUGGUUCCUACAAGUAUUCAUACGAAACUGGUAAUGGAAUCAUAGCCGAAGAACAGGGUUAUCUUAAAAAUCCAGGCAGCAAUGCAGAAGCGCAGGUUGCCGAAGGUUUCUUCUCCUAUACAGCACCUGAUGGCACUCCCAUUCGCAUAACCUAUGCGGCCGAUGAGAAUGGCUUUGUUCCUCAGGGUGAUCAUAUUCCCACACCACCACCAAUUCCAGAGGCCAUACAAAAGGCUUUGGCCUAUUUGGCCACUGCACCUCCACCACCCCAAGAGCCCUCAUCCGGUGGACGCAACACAUUCGGACGAGGUUAAAUAUCAACGAUUUGGAAAACAAAUUUUGUAAAUAUUUUCUCUCCCACAUCCACUGAACCCACCCACGCCCACAUCUUUAGAAAUGCGUCGUAUGCUGUCAUAAGAGUUUUAUCGUGUAUAGGAUUUGAAGAAAUUACAUUUUCAUUUAUUUCAACUUUAAGUCAUUUUAAUGUGAAUUGUGUAAGCGUUAUAAAUAUUAUAUGUAUAUUUGUAUAUUUUAGCCAUGUUUUACUUAUUCUGUAAUUGUUUUAUAUAAACACAGCAAUGAAUAAAGUCGUCAAGAACUUUUA